GGUAGUGGGCGGUCGCGUCACGGUAAUAUCCGCUGUUGUUGAGAACUAAUCAGAAAUCCUCCCUUUAGACAUCAGAACUGAGGGCGAUGUGGCUGAAAGUGAUCUUCCUGCUUCUUACGGUGUACAUAUUACCCACUUCCGGUUUUGUCUUCAACAUCCGGUCCAGUCCCGACCCCAACAGAAACCGGUGUGGCCUAAGAUGGAUCAAAAUGACAAUUCACCCCCCGACAAUGUACGCCAGUCGGUGUCAGUCGGCCACUGUGUACACUCGCGGAUGCAAGGGAGGGUGUGAGUCCUACAGCAAAAUAGAUUAUGAGCGCAAUGCCACGAACAUACAGAGAUAUUGCAGCUGUUGCAGUCAGACGGAGGUAGCUUCCAUCCGUAAACCUGCUCUACUUCCGUGUUCAGACGGAAAUGUACUUCGGAUACCCGUCAAGAUGGCCUUGACCUGUCACUGCCGACCUUGUUCAAUGUCAGUUCAACAGAUAGACAUUUUCGACCUUCGAAGGUUGUUGGCGUCAAGCUGGCCAAGCUCUUCUAUAUUCGGAGGCUGAUGU